CCGACUCAUCGACUGCCCAUGUCGACUGCCGGUCCUGGCAGCAGCGUGAUAGACCUUGUAGACUCAGACUCAGACUCCGAUAUUCGCAGAAAGCGCCAGCGAACAAUGCAACAAGUCGUCGUUGACGAAGAUGUUGUUAUGCUCGACGCGCCUCAAACUCCGUCAGAGCUGCUCUCUCAUUUCAGCAACACUAAGAACGCGAAUCUCAAAGGCCGUAAACGUUUCAAUGCCGACUUCGCAGAUCUUAAAGCGCAGGGGAUUGACCUGGGGGGUUACUCUGUAAAGAAAGUCAAAGCCGGCGACGACGAGGGCAUGAUCGAUCUCGUUGUCCUGCAAGGCGACAAGAGGGUUAUGCGAUGCAAUCUAACCAUUACGGACACUUCUGAAUACCCCAAGAGCCACAGCAUUAUCACAUUUGUUGAAGAUGAUGAUGCUCCAGAGAAGGCCGUUGAUGCUCUCAGUGCUUUGCAAGACAAGAAAGCAAUGCCAAUCGCCAACCUCCUCGAAGACCUCCUGUCCACUCUCAGUGGGAGCAAUAAGAAGACCAAAUCUCUUGCUGCCACCUCCUCCAAAGUCAAGUCAUUUGAGGAGUCCGAUGGUGACGAGGAUGGUUCUGAUGCAGAAUUCGAAUUCCCUGACUACGACGAUUUCCCGAGCCACCAUUCGCAAAAUGAGGCCCACCGCAUGAAAGUGUUAACACAGAUGCAGCAUGACUUCAUUGAGAUGGCAUCCGAUUCGUAUCGUCCUGGCCUAAUUCCAUUCACACCGUCCUCCAACUCUCCUGGUGGCUUCGACAUUUCGUCCGAUUUCGCUCUCAGUAUUUCUAUCCCAACUGUCCAUCUUACAAAGACGAUUCCUGCUCAAGCAUUGGUGGCAUGGGACCGCCGUUUACUGAGUACCCCUCGCCGCGCAGCCCAUCUUGUUCUGUUGAUCUCAGGCUUGGGCAGUGCUGCUACUUCGUAUCCUCCUCUGACUCCCCAGGGGGAAUAUGUCCGUAAGGGGAUGUCUCCUCGCUUUCAAGUUGGUGUCUGUGGACGGUACAAACCAUCACGUGAACACGCAGUCGAAGCAGGACGGACAUUCGGGCUCGUUGGUAGGGACGCAGAAGAUGAAGUGCGCGAAAAGCGUGAAGCCGCUCGCGCCGCUCGUGAGGCUGCCUUACUGGAGUGGGGAGAAGAUGCGUUGCCAGAGGACAUGAACAUUGACGAAUUCGACGUUGGUUAUCCUGAGAUGGAACCCGAGGAUGACACAGAGGACGACAGCCGCUUUGAGAGGUUUUCACUCAGCUCUUCGCUUGAAGCGCUCCUUGAAACACAACUGGUCAAGCUCGUUGCCAUCCGACGUAAAUUCAGCAUUGGCUGGGCCGGUGCGGAGGUGAUGCAUUCCUACAUUGAGAGUGAGCAAAGAAGUAUGGAUGAUGUCUGGGCUACUUACAGACCUGAAAUCCAGGCUGCAGAUAAGGCAGAGGUCGAACUCAUUCGAUCGGGUACAUUGCCCCAUGAUCCUCUUUAUGGACUGGGGCCCAACCAGAAUAUCAACCUGCCCUAUACAGCGUUUUGCUAUCUAAUCCGUCGAUUAACGUUGUGCACCCGUUACUGUCUUGUUUGUCACACGAAACUCACGAGUGACUUCGAGGCUCUCAAACCCUAUGUUUGCGAACGACCGCUUUGCACGUACCAAUACUACGCGCAUAAUCGUGGAGUAUCACUUGAGUAUGAAAUCCAACACAACCCCGCGACAGUCGAUCUUCUUGUUUCCCUGACUUACGCUGCAGCCGCUGAAGGUGUUUUGGAUCAGCCUUUGCCAGUUGGCAUGGCUCUUCGCGUUCCCCUGCCGGACAGGAGCAGAGUUAUCCAAACACCUGCUCCUAUUCACUCCUACCCACACCAACCACAGCAAACUGCGGUCCCGAACCUUCCUUCUGAUUUCCCAGUUGGUUUAGAUGGCUUGGUGGAGUUUGAUUCCUUACCAGUUCCCUAUAUGCGUGCAGCCAUUGUCUCCUUGAUUGACUCGCUCCCAUCGAUUGAUGACAUGAAGCGUCAUCUUGAACGUAAAGUCAAACCUGGGAAGUCGAAACCUCGUCUUCAAGAGAUGGAGAAUGGUUCGGUUCUUCCUGCCUCAUGGGCCAUUCUUCGCUGGUGUGUUGCGUCAUGCACUGCAUAUCUUGAGGAAAUGAACUCCGAGGACCAAUGUAUCCAAGGCGUCGACCCUGUUUGGCGACAAUUCCGCUUCAGCGUUGGCGCCCCCGACGCCGAGGCCAAGUUUCAGAAUGCCCUUGAGAUGGCGAAAAGCACAGACAGUAAUGCGAAGAAGUUCCCGAGCUUAUAUGCAUUCCAUGGCUCUGGGUUGCGCAACUGGCACUCGAUUAUUCGACAUGGCCUAUGGUACAAGACCGUUGCCAAUGGGCGGGCUUUUGGUGAUGGUGUUUAUCUCGCAAAGGAGGCGCAAACCUCCAUGGGUCACUAUGCUACUGGCGCACGAGCAUGUUGGCGGAAGAGUAAACUCGGACCUACAAGCUGCGUGGCGAUUGCCGAGGUGGUCAAUCUCCCAAGCAAGUUCGUGAGCAGUAAUCCCCAUUUCGUUAUCAAAGACACUGAAUGGAUUAUGUGUCGCUACCUUCUUGUGAAAGGUCUUGAAUUGCCUCCGCCAGAUCCCACGACCAAGCCAAGGAAGAGAACUGUAGUGCCGUUCGUCAAGCUCGAUCCAACUCAACCCAUUACGCUGCAAAGUAAAGCGCUCCAGGUUCCUCAACCUGGCUUCCAAAUAUCCGAGAUGGUGCAACAGCGCACAUCCGAAUUGGAGGACGAAGAUCAUGACUCAACUGAUCGAUACAUCUUUGAAGAGAAAGAAGCAAAGAAACCGGACGUCAUCGAGAUUAGUGACGACGACGAGCCAUUGCCUCCACCUACCAAAGGGAAAGGAAAAGGGAAGAGUUUCGUGUCUAACAUCACCUCCGUCCUCAAACCGAGCAAGAGUUCCCCACCAAAAGGGCCACCAAAAGAUGACUGGAAACAUGAUUCAGAGUACGUUCGCCAAGCGGUUGACCUACUCAUGCUACCUCCUUUGGCCUCGACACCUUCUUCCACAAUGGCCGUUCAACGCGAGCUCAAUUCGAUGAUCAAAGAGCAGGAGGCGGCGUUGCGAAGUUCAGGAGGGCUGAAGGAAUUGGGAUGGUUCAUGCCUCAGGAUUUUAUCGGCGACAAUCUAUUCCAAUGGAUAGUCGAGAUGCAUUCGUUCGACGAGACACUUCCCAUUGCAAAGGAUCUCAAAAAAGAACGCAUCAACUCCCUCAUCUUUGAGAUUCGAUUUCCUCCAGACUUCCCUAUUGCACCCCCAUUCUUCCGAAUUAUUACUCCGCGGUUCCUACCUUUCAUUCAGGGAGGUGGUGGUCACGUGACUGGUGGUGGAUCGAUUUGUAUGGAUCUGCUCACGUCCGACGGCUGGCUUCCAAGCUACAGUAUCCCCGCUGUGUUGAUGCAAAUAAAGCUGGCCAUUAGCAACCUGGACCCGCGCCCCGCUCGUCUGGCGCCAAACUGGAACCAACCUUAUUCGGUUGCCGAAGCACUCCAAGGAUUCAAACGUGCUGCUGCAACGCAUGGUUGGACUGUACCUAGUGGUCUCGACAAGCUUGUACGGUAG